AUGAGUCCAGCCACACUGAGCGUAACUGCGGGUGGGGAGAAGUGGCCAGAUGCCAACGGUUCCCGCCUUUGAAAGUCGACGGCAGACCAGUAGUUGCUUGUGGUUUGUGGGGGAAACUGGCGCUGGAUUUUUGAACUCCAAAUUAUGUGCAGAAUGCUCAGUCUUCUCAUCCGGACGGAUCAGAAGUUUCAGAAAACCGGACUCCCGUAAUUCUGGGAUUGCAUUUUGCAUCGCGUCUCCUCGAGCUCCAUGCUAAGUCUCGGGUAGGGAGGGAGUUGGGGCCCCAGGCCAGCGCAGCGGGUGGAGAGGGUCGGCGGGCAGCCCCGCGCUCCCCUGGCCAUGUCGCCUUUAAUGCCCUGUCCCUAUGCGUGGCCUUCUGAGGGUUUCCAGGGCUGGCCGCGGUUGCGUCCCACAAGUACGCUCUCUCUUACCCCCAGAAAACCCCAGCAGGUAAAGCUCCUCGGAGCCGAGACCUUUUGACUCCCCGCUCCCUCGCUCCCGCCUCCGCCCUCGCUGGGGGUGGCCCUCAAAAGCCGGAUCUCGCCCGGCCCCGGCUGGGACCAUGGUGUUUCUCUCUGGAAAUGCCUCCGACAGCUCCAACUGCACCCACCCGCCGCCACCGGUGAACAUUUCCAAGGCCAUUCUGCUCGGGGUGAUCUUGGGGGGCCUCAUCAUUUUCGGGGUACUGGGGAACAUCCUUGUGAUCCUUUCCGUGGCCUGCCACCGGCAUCUGCACUCGGUCACUCACUACUACAUCGUCAACCUGGCGGUGGCCGACCUUCUACUAACUUCCACGGUGCUUCCCUUUUCCGCUAUCUUCGAGAUCUUGGGCUACUGGGCCUUUGGCAGGGUCUUCUGCAAUAUCUGGGCGGCGGUGGACGUCCUGUGUUGCACUGCGUCCAUCAUGGGACUCUGCAUCAUCUCCAUCGACCGCUACAUCGGCGUGAGCUACCCACUGCGCUACCCCACCAUUGUCACCCAGAAGAGGGGUCUCAUGGCUCUGCUCUGCGUCUGGGUGCUCUCACUGGUCAUCUCCAUCGGGCCUCUGUUCGGCUGGAGGCAGCCGGCCCCCGAGGACGAGACCAUCUGCCAGAUCAAUGAGGAGCCAGGCUACGUGCUCUUCUCGGCGCUGGGCUCCUUCUACUUGCCGCUGGCCAUCAUCCUGGUCAUGUACUGUCGGGUCUACGUGGUGGCCAAGAGGGAGAGCCGAGGCCUCAAGUCCGGCCUCAAGACCGACAAGUCGGACUCGGAGCAGGUCACGCUCCGCAUCCAUCGCAAAAAUGCCCCGACAGGAGGCAGCGGGGUGUCCAGCGCCAAGAACAAGACGCACUUCUCCGUGAGACUCCUCAAGUUUUCCCGGGAGAAGAAAGCUGCCAAAACACUGGGUAUCGUGGUCGGCUGCUUCGUCCUCUGCUGGCUGCCUUUUUUCUUAGUGAUGCCCAUUGGACUCUUAACCAUGAAACUACCUGCACACAGCUCCGGUUGAGUCCAGUUGGAACAGUGCUGGCCCCUGCUCCUUGUCUACAAACUGUGCUGUGGAGCAGGGCUGAGCCCAGGCUGCUGUGGGGUCCGCCAUCUUCCAAAAGCAAUGGCAGCAGUGGCCUCUGGCCCUCCAAAGUCCCUGCAAGAUGAGUGAGUGGAAAUGACUGUUGUGGGGCUGGGCUGGCAAAAGCAAGCUGGGAUUUGAGCAGAGGACACCAGCCCUUGCCAGUGAUCCCAUCAGCAUUACCUCUUUCAUGCUUCCCGGGACCUAAAUGUCAUGGGGGCUGCGGAUGGACCUUGUCUGCUCUGUACAGGAAAAUAUCACUUCUCUGCUACUGCAACAUGGACUACUGAGUCUCCCACCUAAAAGCAAGGUCAUGACGUUGGAAGGGGGUUGUUGAGAAGAAAGAAGACUUACUGUGGAUGUUACUCAAAGCUGUUUGGUAAUGCGUUGUGCUGGUAAACAAAGAACUUCCCUAAAGCUGAUGCUUAUUCAUUUCCAAAGACAAAAUAAUUGUCUUUCUUUUCCUUGUGGCUCAGGAGUUACUACGUUACUUUCCCUCCAUAUCAUAGUCUACGUUGCACGCUAUGAGCUAGAAAUGAUUAUUGCGAAACUAUGAGAAAUACAUACUUAGGUAAAAAAAAAAUCUGAGAGCAAAUUUAUACUAUGUUUGGCGGGGAAAAAAUGAAGGCACUGAUAUAUUAAAAAACUUGAAUACAGUAGAUGCAUUCCGCUGUGACAGGAAAGAAGCUACAGAAAAUCCCUACAUAAGUUUAAUAUUUUCUUCUUUAUAUAAUAUUUCAUAUGGGUCCAAAGUACUUUAGCCUAUCUUGAGUCAUCCUGUGAGGUAGAAAGAGAAGGAAGAAAUUAUUAUCUUUACUUAGCAUAUGAAGAAAUAAGGGGAUGGGUGAUGUGAGGUUGAAGGAUUUCUUUGAAUAUCUUCAAAUCCAGCCUCUGACUUCUUUUUCCAUGAUGCUUUCAACAUCCCCAAGGACCACUUGCGUUUCUCAAGACUCUGACAUUCCCGUUUCACUCACUCACCUCUGAGCCGUAUUUUCAACUUUAUCUGUGCCUUCUCUCCUGCUGUAUCUCUACCAGCAGCUAGGAUGAUCAAGAUCGUUCUAGGGGCUGAGUGCGUAUUUGUCUAGGCUUCUCUCAUUGGCUAAAAGACAAGCAGAUAUAAUUCUGUUCAUUCUCCCUAGAUAGGCCGUAGCAGACCUAAGGAAAUAAACAGGGCAGAGAGCUCUUGGCUUGCGCAGUGGUUGACAUGUAAGGCAAAGCCAGCAGUGAUUGACACCUUAAGGACUUUAGGAAAGGUCCCAGAAAGAGAGUUUCCGGAAUGUUCGUUUUCCAGUGAGCCUGAGAAUUGUAUACACCCCGACCAUCACCAUCAGCAAGUUCUUCACUUCUUCUCCUGCAUCGGGUGCUGCACCUGGUACAAAAAAAAAAAAAACCGAAAGGCACAGACAGUCCCCAGCGUAUGAUCUGGGUGUGUUCCAAACAUUUUUCCAAGAGGCAUUGUUAUAAGUGGGGGCGGGGAAGUGUGUUCCCAGAUGAACCAAAAAAAUAAAAAUCCAUUUAAUGCACA